AUGGCGUCUCGCGACUACAAUGAAGAUGAGCGACAUCAACUCGAGGAAGAGUUGCACACCGAGAUUCUCCCCGGUACGGAGGUCAUGGCUGAUGUCGGCUCACACCACUUUGUGAAAGGCGACCAUGCGGUAGUCUUGGUUCCACAGCCCAGUGAUGACCCUAACGAUCCACUCAACUGGAGUCCCGCGUGGAAGACGGCUACAAUCGCAUCAGCAGCCGUAGCUACAUUCUCUCAAGGAUUCGGCCCAUUGGCUCUCUCCCCAAUGUUCCCUGCCCUUAUGAAAGCUUUCGAUACGGACUUGGCUGGGGCUGUUCAAUUCACAGGCGUGUGUAUUCUUGUCCUGGGUUUCAGUAAUUUCAUCUGGGUUCCCAUAAGCUCCUCUUUCGGCCGUCGCCCUGUACUCCUUUUGUCUCAGCUCAUCAAUUUUGGAACAUCAAUAUGGCGCGCAAAGGCAAACUCGUACGGCGCAUUCAUGGGCGCGUGUAUCGUCAACGGUAUCGGUGCAGGUCCUUCAGAGACUACCAUGCCUGAGGUCAUUGCCGAUAUAUUCUUUUUGCAUGAUCGCGGCAAGUGGAACACUCUUUACUGGGUGGUGUAUAUGGGCUCACUCAUGGUCGGCCCGAUUGUGUCUGGGUCCAUGGCAGAGACCGUCGGGUGGCGCGACUUCUGGUGGCUAAACACCGCCCUCUUGGGUUUCUCGUUCCUUAUGUGCGUCUUCGCGUUUCCAGAAACGAGAUACAGGCGUGCUGCACCAGUGCAAGAGGUCCAAGGAAAGGCACCGUCUCUGGAGGAGAAAAUCAAAACAUCCACUCAGAAAGAAGUUAGCAAUUCAGAUACUGAGCAGGAUGCCAACGAUAUCCAGAGGGCCGAGACCGCCAUCUCGACUGCCAAUAAGGACCUUACCAUGUCCGAAACCCAACAGCGCGAUCCGCAUCUCGGCAAGGGCAAACCUGCUAAAUGGCAGUGGAGGAUAUUCCAACCAAACGCGAACCCUUUCCGAACUAUCUUUCUCGAGAUCUGGGUUCCGUGGAAACUUCUUACUUUUCCCAUUGUAGAGUUUGCUGCUUUCGUCGCCAGCUGGUCAUGCUCCAGUUUUCUCACGCUCAAUCUCACGCAAAGCCAAGUGUUUGCCGCACCACCGUACAACUUCAAGCCCGUAUAUGUCGGCUUCACUAAUUUUGCCGUUAUGGUUGGUGCUACCAUUGGCCUCUUCACUGCUGGACCUCUCAGUGAUUGGGUGUCGUUACGAAGCACAAGGAGGAAUAAUGGCAUUCGUGAGCCUGAGAUGCGCUUGCCGGCUAUGAUCCCUUAUAUCAUCAUCAUGCUUAUCGGAAACAUUGUCGUCUCGAUUGGGUAUGAGCGCAAGUGGGCGUGGCAAGUCAUUGUCAUUAUUGGAUAUACAUGCGCUGGUAUCCAGGUCGCUGGUUUGCCUGGCAUAGCCACCACUUAUGCUGUCGAUUCGUACAAGCCUGUAGCAGGAUCAAUUUUCGUUGCGGUGACAGUGAAUAAGAACCUCUGGGGUUACGGAAUGGGAAAGUUCAUUACUCCUUGGACUAUGGACGAUGGCUUCAUCCCGCCUAUUAUGACUAACGCAGCUUUGAUUACACUUUGGUGUUCAUUUGGUUUGCUCUUCUGGUGGAAGGGUAAGACGUUCCGUCGCUGGACAAAGAACAGCAGCGUCCACCAGCAUGAAGCUUUGUAA